AUGAAGCAGAAUUCGGUUAAGGCAUCAAAGUCCAAAGCUUCACCCACCACAGGCAAAACCAAAUCAAUGGAACAUGCGGAACUCUCCUUGGACGCGCCAAUUUGUGAAGCUUCCCCAUUCUCCAUUCCAGAACCUGUGCUUUCCUUCAUUUGCAUAUGUGUAUCAGCUAUGGGUGAGUUCUUUUCGUUGCUUUUAAUUGUAGCUGGAAUUCUCAUAGAUUUAUUAUUUAGUUCCAUUUCGCCACGGAAAACCAAGGAAAUAUCAAACGGUAAGGGCAAGGGAAAAGAAACCGAUGUUUGCCGCAGGAAAAGAAAUAGUAGUUCCAGUGGGAGUGAUAAAGUGACACGCAAAUCAAACAAGAUGGUAAGAGGGAGCAAAGGAACCACUAACCCUAACCAACAUCACAACUACAAAGGGGAUCACAGCUUCGAUACUUCCCCCAAUAAUCCCUGCGAAACUGCCAAUUUUGGUGACCAUGGCCAUGGAACUUAUGACAGCUUUAACAACUUUGGCGAUGGGGAACAAAAUUACAGCCAUUGUAGGGUGAAUGGUCUUAGAACUAAAAAUUCCUAUAAUAACUACGCAUCGGGCAUACAAGCUUUCAGGCAUGCAAACAUUUACACUUCUAAAACUGAAGAUGCCUUUAACAACAGCAGCUUAGGCUCACAAACUUACAGGCGUGGAACGAUUGACAAUCGAGACGACUCUAACGAACUCAACGACAGGGACAACGGUUCUGCAAUUCGUCACAGCUACAACAACAAGGGAAAGAACGGAACGCAAAACUUGGACCGUUUCAUCAUUUACCGGGGGAAAGCAAUGAAUGAACACCAAAGUGGUAAUGAGCAUCCAAGAAAGAGAGAAAAAGAAUAG